AGCGUUUGCUGAAGAGACUGUCGCACAAUCAAUCAACAAGUCGGGCUAGGUUAUUAAUGUUUUGAUGAACUAAAUUUCAUGUCUCUUCAGUUUUCUUUUUUGGAAAUUAAAUGUUCCUAGUUAGUAAUUAAGGCAGCUAUUUUAUUUUAAAAAUAUUUGUUUGUUACAGCUACGUUAACAAGUACCAGCUUGCAUGAAGCAAUAUUUUAGCCAUAGUUUGAAAUGUAUUAAAACUAAUAUCCAUUUUCUUAACACUUUUUGCAAUGGUUACUUAAUACUUUGAUAAUUUCCGAUUAUGGGAGGAAGCAGACAUUUCUCUUUUAUCGAAUCCCUCAAAUUUUCGAGAAUCGACUCCAGUUUUUCAACGGAUUUUUCUUUCAGAAAUUUUGUUGCUUGAAUGCUAAGAUGGAUACAUUACCUGCAAAAUUUCGAUCCCCUCCCCCUAAGCCUCCUCGUCGUAGACAUUCUGAUCAGCUCUCAGUUUCAUCAUCAGGAACAUUUCCCUCAAGUAGAAGAAAGAUAGCUGAUGAAAGUCAUUGUAACGAUAACAAACAUUGCACAGAAAAUUCAAUUUCCUCGUGUGGUUCAUUGCCUGCUAGUUGGACUCCAGAAUUUUGCCUUGAAAAUAAAAUAGAAAAUUUACCUGUGUUUGCUGAAAAAGAAUGUACAAGUGAAAGUACGAAUAGUACUUCUUGUGAUAAAUUUGACUUAAAAGAACUUAUUUUAGAGAGAAGUAAAAAUAACUUUAUGCACAAUAUUAUUCCUCAACUAAAAAGCAAUUCCAAGCAAUUUGUUAUAAAAAAAUGUGAAGCUCCUUACUUUUAUCUUGUUUCAAAGGAACAAUUAUCUUUUGAUGAUUUAAAAAAACAUUUUCAUAAAUUUUUGCAUAAGGAUAGUCAUCGGCGACAUAAUAGUGACCCUUUGCCUUUAAACUUUGAUUAUCAAAAUUUCCAUCCAUUUUCUUCAGCAAUAUUAGAUAAUAAUUACCAAUAUGAUUUGUGUGGAACAAAGGAAAACCAGUGCCUUCUCCAAGAAAUCAAGUCACUGAAAGAGAUAAAUUGUAAGUUAUGGGAAAAUUUGUGCUGUGUUCAAUCCUCAAUUGAAAAUUUAAAGAAUUGUUCACCUGAAAGUUCUAAUGUUCUACCUAUUUCAGAUUUGCUGAUGAGUAUAUAUGAUUCCCUUAAAAAUAAAGAUUCUGCUAUGGAAGACAGAAUGAGGAUUAUUUUACAGGAGAGAGACAAGGCUAUUAAUGAUUUAGAUAGAAUGGUUCAUGCUGUUGCUAAUAGUUUUGAUGAUAAGUAUUCAUGUUCAGAAGAUAAACCAUCUGAUGAGGAAAUAAAAGAAUUACUAAAAGAAGUUGAAGUUACUUGUAAUCCCGGUAAACUGCUUCAACAACAAAGGCUGUUAUUAUCCUACUUGUAUAGGUCAAAAGAACUAAAGCUUGAUCGUAUGUUACAUGAAAUGAAACUCAUUGCUGCUGAAAGAGACAGCUUGAAACUUAAGGUUCAGCUUUUAGAAACUGAACUCAAACAUCUAAAAUUAUCUAACGAAAUAUGGGAUACUGACAACAAGCUAUGGGAAAGCAGUUUACUUAAUACAUUGUGCCAAGUCAUACAACAGAGAGAUGUAGUUUCUAAAAGUUAUGCUCACAGCUUGGACUAUAUCAAUAGCAAGUCUUCUGUUCAUGAAAAAUCAUUAGAUUCUGAAGAAAUCAAUGACUGUUUACAAAGGCUUGAAGGAUCAUGUGUUAAAAAAAAGAUAUUUUCAUUUUCCCCAAAUGAAAUGAAAAAAUACUCACCCCUUUCUGCAAAAUCUAGAUCAGAUGAAGUAAGAUAUUUAAAAGAAGAAGUCUUGAUCCUUAAUUCUUCACUAGAAGCAGAAAUAGAUAAAAGAAAAUGCACAGAAGAAAAAUGUGUGAGAUUAGAAAGACUUGUGAAUGUUCUACAGAAGAAAUUAAAUGGGCAAAAUGUUGGCAUUCCUGUAUGAUUGACUUAUUCUAGUCAUUCAUGCAUACAGUAGUUCUAGUCCUUUGAGAGAUUUUAUUUCAUUGUAUUGAUUUUGUGCAGUCAAAGUAUGUCACUUUUCUAAUAAAUAUAUUUUCUUUAUA